UUCUUUGAUUCUCGCGCAGCCUGGCAGCCUCCUUUCCCCGAGGAUGACUGGGAGUGACGCAGGGCAGACGGAGAAAACUAGGGCUGUAGGGUAAGGACAGGAAGAACGGCGGAGAUGUUGGAAGGACUUUAGCUCCAUGCCCGCGUGCACAGAGGACAUGAGAGUCACCUAUAUGUAGGUUUUAGUGUGAGAGAUAAUAAUAAUACAAAGAAGGCAUCAUCACCUCAUCCUUGGGGCGGAUCAGUUUGGACACACAUCCAGGUAACAUUGAACAUCCCGCCUCUGCACAUGGAAAAGUAGCCUAGUCAUUCCGUUUUCUUACUGAACACCAAGUUGUAAAUCGCCCUUUACUUGGAGGAUAUUUGGACACCUCUUUCCGGCAUUUUUUUAGUAAGUCUCCAUCAUGAACUACCUGCGUCGACGACUCUCGGACAGCAAUUUCAUGUCCAACCUGCCCAAUGGCUACAUGACCGACCUCCAACGUCCUGACCCACAAAGCCCCGCAGUGUCGCCCGGGCCGACGGAGAGGCGCCAGUCCACCAGCCAGCCGCAGCCUCAGCAGCCGCCGCAGCAGCCUCAACAGCAGCCGCAGCCUGGAGGUGGAGGUGGAGGUGGAGGCUUCUUCUCAUCCUUAUCUAAUGCUGUCAAACAGACCACAGCUGCUGCAGCUGCGACCUUAUCCGAGGCAGCGGACCGGGCAGGAGUCUCCAGUAACGCCAAGCUCCUCCUGGUUAUCGAUGACCAGCAGACCGACUGGGUAAAGGUCUUCAGAGGAAGAAAGGUCCACGGUGAAUUUGACAUCAAGGUGGAACAGGCAGAAUUCUCUGAAAUCAGCCUGGUGGUCAAUUCCACGGGCACCUACAAUGUGGACAUUGAUGCCAUUAGGAAUGGGCAUAAGGUUACUAAAUCCUUGAAGCCAGACUUUGUGCUGAUCAGACAGCAUGCCUUCAGCAUGGACAAGAACGGCGACCACAGGAACAUAGUGAUUGGCCUGCAGUAUGCUGGGCUGCCCAGUGUUAACUCUUUGCACUCUGUCUACAAUUUCUGUGACAAACCAUGGGUGUUUGCUCAGAUGUCUCGACUCGGCAAGCAACUGGGCCCAGCGGAGUUCCCACUGAUAGAGCAGGUUUACUAUCCAAACCACAAGGAAAUGAUUACGUCCCCUCGCUUCCCUGUAGUGGUAAAGAUGGGCCAUGCUCACUCAGGAAUGGGAAAGGUGAAAGUGGACAAUCAAUAUGAUUUUCAAGAUAUUGCCAGUGUUGUGGCGCUGACCAAGACUUAUGCCACAUCUGAGCCCUUCAUUGAUGCAAAGUAUGAUGUCCGCAUCCAGAAGAUUGGCAACAAUUACAAAGCUUACAUGAGAACAUCAAUUUCUGGCAACUGGAAAACCAACACUGGCUCAUCUAUGCUCGAGCAGGUGGCCAUGUCAGACAAGUACAGAAUGUGGGUGGACUCUUGUGCAGACAUCUUUGGAGGGUUGGAUAUCUGUGCUGUGGAGGCUCUACAUGGUAAAGAUGGCAAGGACUAUAUUAUAGAGGUUGAUGACUGUUCAAUGCCACUGAUUGGGGACCAGCAGGACGAGGAUCGCGUUCAGAUUGCAGAUCUGGUGAUUUCUAAGAUGAACCAGGCUGUUCCACGCACUUUAAGCUCUUCCACAGCAGGGCCGCCCACACAGAAAGCAGUGUCUCCUCAGCCUGUCUCUCAGACCAAAGUACCCCAGGCUCAACAGCGCCCCUCACCUCAAGGUGGUCCUCAGCAAAGUCCCCCAUCUCAGCAGCGCCCACAGCCUCAGGGCCAACCGCCUGCACAGGCGCAGCAAUCAGCUGCAAACCCUGCUACCGGGGAGCCCGGCACCCAGGCUAAGUCUAACCAAGGACCUGCAGCCCAGCCACGGCCGCCGGGUCAGGGAUCCCCUCAAGGCCAGAGACCUCCUUCUGGCCAGGGCUCUCCUCAGCGGAGCCAGGGAGGUUCACCUCAGGCUCAGAGGCAACAGUCUGUCUCCCAGCAGCAGAAAGCUGCAGGAGGCCCUGGGCAGAAACCUGCAGCAGGCCAACCUCAGCAGAGGCCGGCCCAGCCCCCCAGGCAGCAGUCACUAGGGGGGUCACAGCAACAGAGGGCUCCCGGGCAGCAGGGUCGCCCUGGAGGACCCACCACCCAGCAGCCCAGGCCUGCUGCUCAGGGCCAGGGGGGCCCAGGAGGACGACCUCCGCUACAGCAAAAACCUCCGCCCCCACAAAAGCCCAGUCAGGACAACCAGGCCAUGGGUGGCUCCCCACAACUAAAGUAACAAGUCCCAGUCUCUUACCAAUACCUUCAACAUUCCAGAAACCCCAACACAACGAGCCAGCCUUAGCCAGGAUGAGGUGAAGGCUGAAACCAUUCGCAAUCUACGCAAAUCUUUUGCCAGUCUCUUCUCAGACUGAGAUGGCAGAAGCCCCCCCCCCCCCUUCCUCUCCUCCUACUGACAGAAAGAUGGACAGGCAAACUGAAGGGCAGAGUCUCCCAUCGAACAAGGACCAACAGGAUGCCGUCUCCAAUUCAUGCGUAUUGGCCCUGAUUUGAAAAUGUAAACACUUGACACCCACUGCCUAAGUAGUUAACACCUUUUAAAAUGAACAAAAUGUAAAACACAUAGUAAAUUUAGGCACUGAUAUCUGAAACAUUCCUCGCCUCGCCUCAAGCAUCUAAUCAUUGUGUCACACAAACAAAACACAUGCAAAACAAAGCCUGUAUACGCAUGAACACACAGACACAAGAAUAUGAAACAAAGUACUGCUCACACUUUUUUCUUGGUGCCGUAACGUCAUUGUGAUAUUUAUGUUUAAAUUUUGGUUGGUUAGCCGACCAACCCAGUGAAUUGAGGGACUGUACAAAAAUGAUCGGGGUGGGGAGCGGUGCUGAGUCUAAUAUUUUAUUUUGUUAAAGAAAUAUGGCCCUCCCCAGUGUUUAUUUUCAAUACCUCAACAUAAUGUACCUAUGUUAAACAAAACAAUAUAGUGAAAAUACAGCCACUCUCUAUUGAAUAUAGAGCUUGCAAAAUAUGCAAUUACUAUAUCCUCUAUAUAUAACACAAUGCAACUCCAUGGCACACAUGAAAACCAUCUUUUUGAUUUUCCAACUAUUCUAUUUUUAUAAAAAUCAAUUCCACUAACAUAAAAUAUGACAUAAAAGGCAAAGAUGGAACAAGAUGAAAAUAAAAUGAAAGGCCGCUCUCCCAAAUAACUUAGACUUAGACUUUUCUGACCAUUUUUUGGAAACAUUUUUGUACAGUCCCUAACUCAGCACAGCUGCACACAUAGGAUGUCCAGUGUUAGCUAAUGCUAGAUCUGUUCGAGCUGUUGACCGCUCAUGGUGAUACCUUAGCUGCAUGUCAACAGGAGGCAAUGGUCGCAUUUUCCAACCCCUGACAUUGGCGCUUGUAACUGUGUCGUCACAUGUAGUUGAAUUAGUUAGUAAAGUAACCUAGUAGGUGUCGUGAGUAUGUUGUAGCUGCCACUUUUCUUCCCGUUUCUUUUUUUUUUUUUUUAAGAACAAAUGCCCGGAAGCUCUCUACCUUUGAAAGCAUGCCUAAUACAGACAAGAAGGUCAGAUCAAAUGGAGUUGUCUCAGGGAUGUCCAAUUGAUUGUGACACUUGUUUGUAGGUGAGGGUCUUCCAUUUCAGUUUAAUUGUGGGUUUUCACUAGUAAUGAAGGAAAAGCAUGCAUUUUAAUGAGGUUGAAUGUCUCUAUUAUUUCAGAUGCAUUUGCACAUAGAGAAUACUACUGCAAAAUGAUACUUGAAUCCAGUGGCACUGACUGAUGUAUGAAGUCUAUAUUUUUUCAGGUCUAUUCAUCUGCCACUUGACAAAGCAACAACUUGGUGUUCCCAACCUGGGGUGCUGCUGUGUCUGUGACAGGUGCGGUACGGUAGGAUGCAGCAUAAGCAGGGUUUGCAACUGUUCAGGAAACCAGUUAGUGACAAGUAAGAUGAUUUAGGACAGUUUCUAUUGAUUUUCCAAGCAAUGUAAUUAAUGAAAAGAACUUAGACUGUACAACAGAUAGGAUUUUAGUGGAUGUACAAUAAGGAAGUAGAUUAUGUCAGGUUGAUUUAGCCGUAAGUCAAUCAAUCCGUUGUGAUUUUGUGCACUUAAAUCACUCCAAACCUGAGUCUGCAUCAUACAAUGCAGCUUUCUGCUUCCAUGUAUGCCUCCCGGGAUUACUGUCUGUAAUAAGAGGCUGUACAAUAAAACACAACAAAAAAGUAUAGGCAUGUCGACUGUGGGAUGCACCCCUGCAGUAGAUGUAGUUGCACCGACAACCCUUUCUUUGAUCACAACUGAAAAACUAUUCUGUUUCCAGGCACUACAAAUGUCUUCCACGCGGAGUGCUUUGUUGACAAAAAUGUCGACGUAGUAUGGCAAUAUUGUGCUUUUUUUUAGAGAAGACCCAAUAGCCAAAAGUAUAAAGGAGCCCCGUGCCCCUGCAGAUUCUCUCCAUGCUGCCUGUGUGUUGUGUAGCCACAGUGACCCCUUGUGCUCAAUAGUGCAUCAAUGUGUGAAUGUCGUUCAGUAACUGGUCAAACCAAAUAGAUGUGUUGUACAGAGCUCUGAUUGAUGCAGAUUGCCACCUUUAUCCCCUCGCUGCUAUUGUGCUUGUAGAUGUGUGUGUCUAAACCCGCCUAUUUUUAGUUCUUUAAUUUGUGCCUUUUUAUUUUCAGUUACUAUGCACAUGCUUCAUUCUUUUCCAUGUGGCAGGACUAUCUCGUCAUGUUAUGCAUUAGUGAUUGAGGGCAUCAUUUUUCAAUUUUACAGUGAAUCAGUCGAUUUUAUCGUGGCACACCCUAACGCCAAGUGAAUCAGCUUUAUGUAAUUGUUACACUGAGUGUGUAAUUUAUUAAAAAUGAGCUACCACGAUUAGCAUGGAUGGUUAAAAAUGUCAUACUGUCGCACAGAGGCCCGUUGGUCAUAUUAAAGCCACAGCAACGCAUGAGACUGACAGGGCAAGCUGUGGCAGCAAUGCAAAGAAGCAGUUAGAUGUAUUUUUGUUUUUGAUAUUCACAGAUUUCUUUUAAAAAGUUUACAUUACUUAUGGUGGAUGUACAGUAUCUGACUGUGAAUGUACAUUGUUUGAUUUGUUGCAGCUGGUUUUAAUGUUUCCUAAAUGCACUGUGUAACUGUUGUGAAAAGAUGCAGUCCUUACAAACUUGAGUAGUACUGAUUGUCAGUUGAUCGCCGCCAGUUUUUAAAACAUUCAUCAUAAAUGUAAUCGCAAAAAGCUGAAGUUUUUGUUAAUCAAAAAAAUACUGCACAAUCUAAAUCAUGGUGGGUUAUUUAAUUAAAUGUAAGAGAAAAAUAUUUGAUGUUAUAUGCAAUGUAGCUCUAUUCUGUGAAAAUUAGUAUGUUAUUAAAACAUGCACAUGUCUAAUAAAGUCUAUGACCAACAA